AGGAAGAAGCAGAAGCUUCAAAGCCCUCCUCUUCUCUCCGCUCACCGGAAAAACAAAACAAAACAAAAAACCAGAGAGAAAACUCUUCUGUCACCUGGUGGACAUCUAACAUUAAUGGAAAGCUCAAGCGGAUAACAGCAGGUAGUGAAAAUGAGAAAGAAGCUCCUGAUGGCUGCAAGAGGAGGCCUCUCCUUGUCCAAUGACAAACUCAGACUCACUCGCUUGUCACGUCCCAGACCACCCAAAUGGGUGCUCAUUGAGGCAAACGGUUCUGUUGGUCAGUCAAAUACUCAGUGGCGUGGAUGGUCGUAUGCUGCUUCUGUACCUUCUGACAAGCCAAAUUAUCAGAAACGUCAAAAGCUUUCAAGAGAUGAAAGGAAAGCCAUGGUGGAGUCUUUUGUGAAGAAGUACAGAGAAACAAAUGAUGGGAAAUUUCCACAUGUUAAGCAUACUAUGAAAGAAGUUGGUGGCAGUUACUAUGUUGUUCGAGAAAUCAUUCAGGAGUUAAAAUACAAGUCCAAAUUGAAUUCUUCAAGCAACAUGGAUAAGAAUUUGGCGGGAAAAGAUAACAUCAGUGUGAAUAAAUUUGGGACCACUGAAACUGUAAAGGUUCCCUCUGAUACUACUGAGACUGGAAAAGACAGGCCUAUCCAAGAUGACGGUCAAUUGGCAAUUUUAGAUGAAAUUGAUGCUGGGAAUGAGCAUCGGGAAGAUGAGAGAAGGCCACCAAUUACCUCAUAUGAAGGGAGCUUGUCUAGAGAAGCUGUAAUCACCUCUUCUCCUCAGGACAAUCAUUUAUUUGCUGAUGAAAGUGACCGGUUGCAAAGAGAAGCUGAACAUUCCAAAUCGAAUCAGUGGACACCAACUGAUUUCAGGACUGAGGAAGCGGAGUCUAGUUGUUCUGAUUUUGUUGUUUCUGAAACUCGUCCAAUGAAAGAUGAGGUGCAUGACAUUUCUGCUCCUUGUAGUGAAAUGUCUGGAAGUAGUCAGAGCAAAGAUCUCGAUUCUGAGUUAUCUGAUACGGAAAAUCAUAUGAUAAUGAAGAAAACGAACAUUGAGAAAGCUGGACGUGAGAGAAGAGAGCAUGAUGCGUUGAGAGACCUUCCCAGUAUUGACGGUCCAAAGCAUACAAUGGAGCAAGUUCAUGGAACCUUAGAAGUGAGUGAGUCAAAAAUAGACAACUCUAAUAGGGAGAUCGGUGAUGCUGAGGCUCCAAAGAAAACAACUUUGUGGGGAAGUCUGAAGUCAUUUGCGGAUGGCAUCAUGAACAUCUGGAAAAAACUAUGAAGUCAUGUGUUGCAACUUAGAAGAAAUUUAAUCUUCACUUUACAACUGACGGUGUUUCCAAUUAGGGGUCAUGAACAUUGUCUGCUGUGUUGUUGCCUGACAACCUUAUUGCAAAAUUUUGCAUCUCCAUUCCGGGAAUUUCCUGACUUUUCUUGAGGCUUUUCGGUUAACUUUCUU